AUGUCCUUACAAAACUUCUCAGAUGAAGACUUGUAUUUAGAUGAACCAUAUUUACUAUCUGACAAAGAAUCAGAUUCUGAUGAAGAAACAUCUUUAUCUUUAGAUGAGGAACAACAUUUAUUGUUAAAUGAAGAGCCGCAUUUGUCAUUAGAUGAAAAGUCGAACUUGUCAUUAAAUGAACCUUUAAAUAACACAUCUUCUUUAAAUAAAGAAUCAUCUAAUACAUUUGCUCAAAGUGUCAAAAGAAAAAUUAGUAAUAUAAAAAAUUCUAAUACUAAAAAAAGCCUAAGCUGGGAAAGAACAAAAUUAAUAAAAAAGUUAAAUGCAAUGUAUGGAUUGGUAAUAAUGAUAAAAAAAAAGUGUCUAAGUGAUUUUGAACUUACAACUAGCACAACGAAUCUAGCUGCUCACCUUCGAACUGAAUACAGAUUAAAUAAAAAUGGAUCUUUAUUGCCACUAAGUGGUGCACAAGGGACAACCCAAUUACAACCUACUCAAUCAGAUCCAUUGCAAUAUACACUGUCAGAAUUGUUUAGUUGUAAAAUACCAUUAUCAAAAAAAAACAAAACAGAAUUACUUCCUGAAUUUUAUCUUAGAUAA